AGGAGAUGCAGCAUAAAGCGAAGAGAGAGGUGGCAAAGGCAAAAGAAAAGGCUUAUGACGGAUGAUUUGUGACUGUAAGAGAGGAGCUCCGCUGGACCACUUUGGAGAACUGUUUUCUGUUGGAGUGCCAUUUGUUUCUUUCUUCGCUGCUGUUCUUCUGCACUCUGCCGAGCGCCCAUCACCAAGUUCCCCCGCGUCUUUCCCCCUCUAAAUGUUCCCUGGAUCUGUCAGUCUUUUGCUCCCCUCGUCCCCUGAAACAACAUGAAGAUCACUCCACUCUGCCUGCUGCUCGUGCUAGUGGUACCUGGUGGUCCAGCUGAAGGGAAAGUCUCUCUGGCUCUCACGUCUAACAUGCUGCAGGUCUUCAAGUAUGACCCCCUGACUUUGUACUGCAAAGAGCAAGACGGCAACUCCUCGUCCUCCUCUGGGUGGAGCGUGGGGAGGAGUGUGAUCACCAGCAGAAGAGUAAACUGGUGUGGUGUCGACUGGGGAGAGCUGGAAGGCUCCUACUGUACCAUCAAAAGGGCGCUUCCCCAUGACAGUGGGCUGUACUGGUGCCAGUCUGAAGCAGGGGAGAAAAGCGAAGCCGUUCACGUAUCUGUGACAUGUGGUUAUGUGGUCCUGGAGAGUCCUGUGCUUCCUGUAAAUGAGGGGGAUGAGGUCAAUCUUCGUUGUUGGUAUUACAGAACUCCCACCAGCUUCCCAGCAUCCUUCUAUAAAGAUGGCGCUCUCAUCGGGACCGCGGCUGCUGGUCACAUGACCAUUCCUUACGCGUCUAAGUCGGACGAAGGCCUCUAUAAGUGCAACGUCGCCAGCCUGGGGGAAUCUCCGGAGAGCCUGCUUGCUGUCAGAGAGCCCGUCGUAUCUGUGGGCAGAGUGAUCUGCCAUCUAGUGGUGAUCUCUCUUUUCUGCAUCUCUACCAGUUUAAUGGUGCGGAUUUGUCGACGCGACCUUGGAGGGCCUGUGCUGUCACCCUCCAAAGGGACCGCCCUCGUUGGUAGAGGAGAACAGGUGCUGGAUGAUGAUGGCAGUGAUCAUGUAUUUGCUGGUGUUGCAGUCGAGCAUUCCUUCUGACCUAUGAACGUCUCGGCUCGGCCCACUACUGUGUGUAUUUUGUAAUAUAUAUAAAAAAUUUAAAAAAAGACCACCAGCUGGGGCCAGAGUAUACUUGUCCAAGCUAAUUCAGUACACUUUCUGUAGAAACGAAACGGCUAAAAAAACCCAAAAAAAAACAUGAAUGAAGUUAUUAUGCAUGUACAUCUCCAGAAUGUGUAGCUCUAAGGUGUGAUAAACUAAUAGAGGAAGUGUAACUGCCCCACAACAGGGCAGCGCAGCCACCAUGUGACAUGGCUUCGCAAAUUCAAGUGUACAUUUCAAGACAGGUAUUUUACAGCUUACUCAUCACUGCUAUUGUUCUCUACAAGUGUAUUUGUAACUUACACUUCACUGAAA